AUGGCUUCUCCUCAACCUACCAAGUUUCCAUGCAGUCAAGAUAUAUACCUCGACUUACUCAGCCAGCUAGGCAUUGAACCAUCCUGGGACGUGCAGAUCCAUGGCAAUGACCCUAUUGUGCCGAGCCCGCACCGCUUGGGUGAUGCUGCUGCCACGGCGCUGGCAGCGCUGGGUACUUCCAUGGCUGCAUUGUGGCAGCAGCGGACAGGCGUCAAGGAAGCGAUUGGGGUUUCUGUUGCCACAGCGAUUCCUCAGCUAAUGGCCGUCUUCAUGACGACUAUAAACGGUGUUUCUACCCAUCGGCUAUUUGAAGAUCCCAAGUUGCUCAGUACCUCCAACUUCUACAGAGCCAAGGACGACAGAUUUGUUUUCCUCCUCAACAGCUAUCCUCACUUACGAGAUAUCAACCUGAGAGUGCUCGAUUGCCCGUUUGAAACCGACAGCUUCGCUACGGCUAUCGCCCAAUGGGAUGCUUUCGAACUAGAAGAGCGCAUCGCCUCUCUAGGCGGCACGUGCAUCGCGGUUAGAACCCGUGAAGAGUGGCGCAAAUCGCCACAAUUCCCUUUUCUCGAGGGAAGUCCAGUCAUUGAAAUAGAAAAGAUUGGAGAGAGUCAACCCGAGCCUCUGCCCCCUGUUUUGGACUCCUCCAUGGGGAAGCCUCUUGAAGGGGUGCGCAUACUGGACAACACUCAUGUUAUCGCAGGUCCAAUGGCUGGACGAAUCUGCUGCGAACAUGGCGCACAAAAUCUUCUCAUGAGCUCACCAGAUCAUAUGGACCCGCGCGCCAUGGUUACUGAGACCGCACUCGGCAAGCGAUCUGCAUUUUGCAAUCUCGACGAUGAGGCAGAUCGGGCCAAGUUCUGGGAGGUCCUUCGCGGCGCUGACGUCUACGUCUCGAGUUACCUCUCGCUGGACACGAAAGGCUACGGCCCUGCCGAGCUCAUACAAGCACGCCCAGGCCUGGUGUACUGCGACUUUCACGGAUGGGGCAAGGAAGGGCCUUGGCAACAACGAGGUGGUUUCGACCAGCUCGCCUGCUCAGCAACGGGGUUUGCGCACGAAGAAGGCUCACUCCGAUCGGAUGGUCGACCUUCUCUCCCACCCACAUAUCUCUUGAAUGACUACCUCGCUGCCAUAUUGGGAGCCGCGGGGAUUGUAGUGGCCCUACGUCGCCGCGCAACACAAGGCGGCAGCUAUCGUGUUCACGUCAACCUGAGCCGUGUGGCAAUGUGGGUGCAAUCUCUUGGGAUGUUUGAGGCAGACCGAGUUGCACAUUUACCACAUCCAACCACCGAUUCUAUCCGUGAAAAGGGUCUACUGAAGGAAGUCGAUGGUUCUGGGGGCCGGACGAGGUACCUGCCCACUCAAAUCACGUACUCGACGGGAAGCAUUAAGCCAGGGUUUGCUACAAGCAGUGAACCAACAGGAGCAUCUAAUUUUGAAUUCCUAAACAACUAA